UAAAAAAAUAUUUAGAAAAAAGUGACACACACGCCAUAAUGUAAAUUGCUUCUAGAUUUUGGCGUUUGAGUUAAAAAUUUACAUUUUGAUGUUAUAAAUUCGUUUGUAAUGUACACAUGAGACAUUUAAAAUGUCCCUAGUAAAUAUUGGCUAAACACUAGCAAUGGCACAAUAUUUCCAAAUUGUUGGACAAGGACAUUCACUGACAAUAGAAGAUCUACAAAGAUACUGCCCUAAUAUAUGUUUAGAUGGAAUAAUUGUAAAUCAAGAUGAACAGCAAUAUGGCCAACAACAGGUGGUGGUCCAACAAGCUGAUCAGCCAAAUGACAUCAUUGUUAGUGAGGGAGUACCUCAGCAAUUGGUUGUUAGUGAUGGCUUGCAAUAUCAACAGCAAUAUAUUAUUCGCCAUGAUCCACCUCAACCUCGUCCUGAUUUCCAACAACAACCUCCACCCCAACAACCCCAGCAGCAACAGGCACAACAACAACAGCAACAGCAACAACAGCAGCAGCAGCAGCAGCAACAACAACAGCAACAACAACAGCAACAACAACAGCAACAGCAACAACAAGCAUUACACAGACAUCAGGUUUACUACACCUCUGAUUUACCAGUGGAUGCUCAGGUUGUGUUGCAACAGGCACAGCAGAUCCUUGAUGCAUCUCUGAUGCAACAGCAAACUCCACAACGUCCUCAACAUCAGCUAGUGAGUCCAGGACACGUUCUAUCUCAGCCUACUGUCAUACAUCCUGCGCAACAACCGCCGCCACAGCCGCCGCCUCUUCCGCCUCAGCCGCAACAUGCUCCUCAGCAAUCUCAAUCUCAAUCUCAACAACAACCGCUGUCGAGAGCAUCGCCACAACUUAUCCAGCAUCUUCAACAUCAGCAGCACCACCAACAAAUCCACCUGCAACAACUGCAGCAACACCUGCAGCAGCAACAACACCAGCACAUGCAGCCGCAACAGAUACAGCAUCAACAAGUCGUGAUGCACGCGGCCUAUAUCAAUCAAGCUGGCACGGCAAAUAGGGCCCCAACUCCAAGGUUGUUGAAUCAGGCGCUAAGCGCGGGCGGCGGCAUGGCGCUGGUGCGCUCGCCGGGCGUCGCGGCGGGCGGCGCGGCCGGCACGCCCGUGCGCAGCGUGCGUCCGCGCCGCCUCGCCACGCGCUCGCCGCUACCCAAUGCACGUCUGCUCAACCCGCACCAGCAGCAGUGUGGCGCGGGUUCGCCGGGCGUGUCGGCAGGCGUCGGUGGCGUCGGUGGCGUGGGCCCAUCGAGCGCAGGCGGCGUGCAAGGACCGCGCGCGGUGCCGCCCCGCGUGCUCAACCCGCACGCGCAUGCGCACUCCGCACACGCGUUGCACCGGCCGCCGCGUCCACGCACGCCACUGCACCAGCAAGUGCAGCACCCGCUCACGCAGACGCAUCAACAGCACCAGCUGUCACAACAUGUGAUAAGUCAACAAGUUCAUUCCCAGCAAUUGAACCAACUUAAACAUAACCACCAUCAGAUCCUUAAUCAACAGAACCAAACACACUCUCAGCCUACAAGAAUAAUAACACCACAGGGAACAAUCGUCACCCAAAGCCUACAGUCCCAAAUACCCCAACACGCAGUUGUGCAACAAAACCAAAAUAAUGGACCUCUACCUCAGCAGAAUACAAUCAGCACCAUUCCGCAAAGAACGUCUCCCCACCCCCAGCAAAUGCAACAACAAAUAAAAAAGGUCGUAGUCCAGCCCAACAAUGCUAACGAUAUGGAUGAUUUAGAAGAAAGUAUAACGGCAGCAAUAGUUCAAAAACACCCGGUAACUGAGAAUAUUAGUGCGCAGCCGCCGCAAUCAUUUCACGCGCCGGCGCCGACGAUACGACAGAACCACCCCGCUGGACCCAUCGCGCAGCACCAACAAAUGACGUUCACCCCGCAGCAUUAUCAACAGCAACAACAACAAAUAACCUAUGAACAGCCCCACGCACAGCAGAUGCCACAGACACUCACACAAUUGCUAAUGGAACCUGAUAACGCGGAAGAAGAACGACAAGUAUUAACAUUUACAAACGGACAAAGAAUUACACUAGCUGAAUAUAAAAGGUUACACCAAACACCACGGACACCUUUACAACAACAACAACAGCAACAACAGCAAUCUAGAGAUAGCGGUCGACAGACAUUAGUUAGAAGUAAAGAGCAGCAGAGGCCAGUGCAACGAGUACCGCCAAUGCAAACUCAACAACAGGUUCCUCAGCAUGAAAACAAUGAAGCUACAAGUGGGCCUUCAGAGCAGUCUUCAGAACCACAAUCUGCCAAAAUGUUGAUAUUUUUACAAAAUGGAGAACAGAGACUAAUUACAUUUACACUGCCAAAAGAAAGUUGUACGCUUCAAGAAGUUCUUGAACAGGUCAAUGUACCAUUUUCAGAGGAGACUCAUAUCCAGUGUAUGCAGAAUACUAGUAGUGAAAUUGAUUACUUUGUAUCAGUUGGUACAACUACUAGAAUUGAAGAAAUGUUGGAAAAUCAUCCGAUGUUACUGGGUGAUAUAAAUAGUAGAAGUUCGCCAAAUGUAUCUCAACCUCAAAGUAGUGAAAUGUCCACGCCGGAGAAAAUUCAGUGUCCGGAAAAUGUAAAUAAUAGUCCUGAUUCUCCCGGACAACGGUCUCCGCCGCCGCGUCACGUGGACGGUAUGCUGGCUGUGUGUAAAUCUUGUGGCUACACUGGAUUCAACUUUAACAGAUGUGAAAGGUGUAAAAGAGUAUUUACUGAAGAGCCUAAAAGUGUACCAAUACCUAGUAAAAAAGUAGAACAAAAGAAAAAGGAACCUGAAAAAACUAUAUUAGAAAAACAAAAUGCAUGCAGUGAAGGUAUUAAACUUAAUUUAUUAAAGACUACAAUGAAGACAUAUAAUAAGACACCAGUACAAGAGAAAAAACCAACAAGAGUAAGAAAACCAAGAGGCAAACAGCCCGACCCAGAGCCCGUGAUAUUGACCCUUAGUUCAGACGAAGAAGACUCAAAUAGUUCAAUGAUGAGUAAUCAGAAUGAAUCAAUUAGUAUGAAAGAGCCCUCGCUAAGUGAGAUUGAAGGCGGCACACCAGACAGCGGUAUUGGACUUGACCAAAUGGACGAUUGCAGUAGGGAAGGAAUCAGCCCAAGUUCUUUACAAGGAAUUGUUACAUCUCUUAAUUGUCGGACAAUCAGAAUUGGUUCAUACAGAUAUACACCUACAGAAAAGGUAUACAUAUCAUCCAGAGGCAUAAAAAUAGUUGCACCAUCAUUGAAAAAUGAGUCCAAAGAGGUUGCUCUUCAGAUACAGUUAAAAGAAGUAGUGAAACUAUUAGUGCAUUUUGGCAAAGGAUUACCAGUGAUAUUUUUAUACACAAUGAGUAAAUGCAGUAACUACAUAAGGAAAGCACUGGAUAUGGUAGAAGAUGGAGGGCCUUACUACAAUCCAAUGUCAAAAAUCGAUCCAUAUAAAAGGAUAACGCUAUUACCAGACUCUAUCCCCGACGACGCUAAAUUGGCAUUAAAAACAUUAUUUGGAAAACUGAUGGAUGAGUUAAACUCUCGAGAAGCAAAUGAACUUUUAGUAAGGACAUGUCCUAAAGAAAGCAAUAAUGUCACAAAAAUGACUACUAGGUCUUUAAGUGCUUCCACUACAGCAACUAAGAGCUCAAAUCCUGCUGAAAUAAGACAAAUAUUAAUUUACCCACCUGGGAAAGGCGGUAUUCCUAUCAACACAGAAGAUUAUAUGUGUCUAGCUCAAGAUCAGUUUUUAAAUGAUGUCAUUAUAGAUUUUUAUCUAAAAUAUUUGGUUCAUGAAAUGUUCUCAAAUAGCCAGAGAGAAAAGACUCAUAUUUUUAGUACCUUCUUUUAUAAAAGGCUCACUACCAAACCUAGCAAAGUGAAUAGAAGUUCAAAUCCUCACGAGUGGGAUAGCAGUUUAACUCCAGCCCAAAAGAGGCAUGCUCGGGUAAAAACCUGGACAAAAAAUGUUAAUAUUUUUGACAAAGAUUUUAUUGUAGUUCCUAUUAAUGAGAAUUGCCAUUGGUUUGUGGCUAUUAUUUGUUUUCCCAGUUUAGAUGGAUGUAGAAGUAUGGUAGACAAUCGCACUGUUACACCACAAGAAAUAAAAAAGAAAGAACGAAGAUCAUCUAUGCAAAUAGGUAAUACAACAAUAACACCACUAACUAAACAGGAACAACUUACUCUUAGCUGUGAUUCUGAUAAUUUAAGUGAGCGUGAUGAAGCUGAAGCAGAGGAGAGUGAUUUGGAUAUGCAAUGUGAUUCAGAUGAGGAUGAACCUGAAAAGAGUCCUGUUGAAAAGAAAGUAGAGGAAAAUAUUAUUAGAAAAAACGAACCCAUUAAACAACCAUGUAUAUUGAUAUUUGAUUCUCUCGCGGGUGCGUCGAGAUCUCGUGUCGUAGCCACUUUACGAGAUUAUCUUACGUGUGAACAUCAAGCAAAGGUAGCCCAGACGAAGAUUUUUAAUAAAGAUAACAUUAAAGGCAGCUGUCCAAAAAUUCCGCAACAAAAUAAUUUUACAGACUGUGGUUUAUAUUUGUUGCAAUAUGUUGAACAGUUUUUUAAGGACCCAGUUAUGGAUUAUAGUCUCCCGAUUAAACAGUUAGCAAAUUGGUUUGAUGAAAUAGUUGUUACUCGCAAAAGGGAAGAGAUCUCAAAUUUAUUAAAAAGUUUAAUGCACAAAUAUAAUCCAGAUUCGCAUUUAACUUUACCUGAUAUAACAUUCCCUACAUUAAAUGGUAAAUUAAUAGAAUCAGAUGAUCAACAAGAUGAAGGUUCUGAAGGUGAUAAGGCUAAUUCAAGUUCCAGCAAACCACUAAAGUCUGAGGGCAAAGAGUCUGAAGUACAAACCCUGACAUUUGUAAAACAGAUUCCUGGUGCUGAUAUUCUAGUGAAACGCAAUUUCUCGGAUUCUCCUGACACCAUACAAGUGCGAAAGACUAUCAGACUCUCGAGUGAUUCAGAGAACAGAUCUAUGGUUCAAAUCAAACAAGAAUUAUUCAAGAAAAAUGACAGCGAAAAUCAAAUUUUGAUACCUAUAAAGUUACAAGCCAGUGACUUAGUUAAAGACAUUCAAAACACUUUAAUAGUUAAUAAGAAUAAUAAAAAUAUGGGUGAUAAAAAACAUGGUGUACAUAAUCAGAAUGUAUCUGCUAUAAACUGUAUUCGACAAAAUGUUGGCGAGAGUGAUACUUCAUUCCUUAAAUCACGAAGGGUAAAUAAACUUGAAGAUAUAAUGAGUGAAUCUAAUAAAAAGUUUAAGAGGAAUGAAUGUUGAAAGUGGCUGCCUGUCCAUACUGUGUCUAUUAAAUUAUGUUUAUUUUAUGUAUAGUUGUUUUAUGGACUUGUAAAUAUUAGGAGGUAAAUACUAUUAACAUUGUGUAUUUAAUACUGUAACUAUUUUAUAAAAUAAUUGUAAAGAUUUUAAAAUUUACUUGUGUAUCAUACUAGCUUCCACGAAAUACAAAACUGAAAGUAAUGAAAUACAAGACUCAUACUUUA